AUGAGCUGCAAUGGCUGCCGAGUCCUCCGCAAAGGCUGCGGCGUGGACUGCACGCUCCGGCCCUCCCUUCAGUGGAUCAAAUCCGCCGACUCACAGGCCAACGCCACCGUCUUCCUCGCCAAAUUCUACGGCCGCGCCGGCCUCCUCAACCUCAUCGGCGCCGGCCCCACUCACCUACGCCCAGAGAUUCUCCGGUCGCUGCUGUACGAGGCCUGCGGUCGGAUAAUCAACCCCGUGUACGGCUCCGCCGGCCUGAUGCGCUGCGGCGAGUGGCACCGCUGCCAGGCGGCGGUCGACGCCGUGCUCCGCGGCUGGCCCCUCGAGAGGCGGCCCGGCGGCCGGGUUCAACAUCCGGCACCUCUCCGCCGUCUCAGGUUCACGAUCACGGGGUGGUCAGGCGAGGGGGAGUGGGGCCGCCGGAGUUUCCCGGCGGGGAGUGAGGCGAGCCACGACUCGGCCUCGGUGGAGACAGUGGAGCCGAGUUUGACGAGCCCGGUCGGGAAGCCCGAUCCGGGUUUCGGGCUGGAGCUUACCUUGGGCAGUUGGACCGAUUGA